AUGUUCCUGGAGAAAACCAGUAACAGUACAAAACAAACAUACAAGAACAGAAAUUUAAUUCAUGGCAGAAAAGAACUUCAGGUAUCUCUUUUCCAAACGUUGGUGCUGUUGAUGUUUAAUGAAGGAGAUCAGUUCAGCUUAGAAGAAAUUAAGAUGACUACUGCACUAGAGGAUAGAGAACUGAGAAGAACCUUACAGUCAUUAGCUUGUGGCAGAGCUAAAGUUCUCAUCAAAAAUCCGAAGGGCAGAGAUGUGGAAGAUGGUGACAAAUUUUUGUGUAAUGAGGAAUUCAAACACAAAUGCUUCAAGAUAAAGAUCAAUCAGAUACAAAUGAAAGAAACGAUAGAGGAACAAACCAUCACCACAGAGAGAGUUUUCCAGGACCGACAAUAUCAGAUUGAUGCCGCAAUUGUUCGAAUUAUGAAAAUAAGGAAAACACUUAGCCACAAUGUACUUCUGUCAGAAUUAUACAACCAGCUAAAAUUUACAGUAAAGCCUAGUGAUCUGAAGAAGAGAAUAGAAUCCUUAAUUGACAGAGACUACAUGGAAAGAGAUAAAGAAAACCCAAACCAGUACAAGUAUAUUGCAUAAAACUGUGGCCUUAAUUUGAGCACUACUCUUCCCGCUUUUAGUAGAA